AUGCCAACGGACCUCACAUCUGCGCUCAAUCUGCUCCCGCCAGAGCUGCUGCAGCCGCACCAACAGCAGCAGAUGCAACAGCUCUUCGGUCAGCUUGCUUCAUCUCAGCCAGGUGCCCCUCCUUCUAUACCACCGCAUCUGCACGCACAGCUUCAGCCUGGUCUUCAAAGUCUACUCGGCCAGCAGAUUCAUGCUCCACAAUCCCAACCUACACAGCUGCCCGAGGGUCCGUCGUCGCGCCAACAGCAGUCGCGACAACGCCCGCAACAGCAGCGCCAGUCUUCGCAGCAGCACCUGAGCCAACCUGGUCAGCAGAAUCCAGCGGGACCCUCGUCUCGCCCACAACCAGGCAACGCCCAUCUUAACACACAGCUCCAGCAACCGCAAAGUCUCGCACAACUACUCGGUAGUGGGGGUAGCCCUCAGCCCUCGCUCUUACAAGAGCAUGCAUCGAUUCUCUCCAAUGCACAGUCUUCGAUAUCGAGCUUCUCGCAAUCUUUGCACAACGCCAAACAGGCAACUCCGGCGGACAGAGGUGACAUUCGCAAUGUCUUGUCCAUGCUCGAGCGCUCCUCGAAAGCGUUAGCUUCGGAACUGGACCAAGGAGUCUCCAAGCUUCGCGCUCUGUCUACCUCGCCUGCUUACAACAACAUGGCGGGACUGUUCGGUGGGGCGCUGCCAGGUCAGAGUCUACCGCCAGGGAAUGAUCCUUUCGGAGCUCUAAGCGGAUUCGGACUGCCCGGCCCUGGCAUGCCACCGCAACAACAGCAGUCGAAUACGGCAGGGUUGCCCUUCGACCUCGGUCUUGGCUUCCAGCAGUCACUCAAUCCGAACGGCAUGUUCAACUUGAACGGCGCGCGCAACACGAACGAUCCUGGUGGUGCACCUGGCGCCUUCAACGGCGGCUUCUCUGGUGAUAUCGGAGCGCGAGGCAACAACCAGCAGGGCGCGGGUGCCUUGCCUGCCUUGCUCGCACAAUACCUGUCGCAAACGACAGACCAGACCAGCCGCGCAGGUGCGCUGUCCCUGUUCCAGUCCCUCGCCAAUGGCAAUACGAGCGGGCCGCUGCCUACCUCUAUGCAGGGCCUCGAAGCGCUUUUGAGCCAAGGUUCUCCUCAUCAGCAGCAUCAAGCUCGUGCAGGCAUGUCUGGCAUGGAUGGCGGCCGAGGGAGCAACAACAAUUCCUCGUCGCUGCCUGUCAACGGCGCUCCGCUUACCAAUGCUGCCGCCCUUGCCGCUCUGACGUCGCUGGGCAUCACGCCGACCAUGCUCGAUGCAUUGGGUCUUGGCUCCGUGGCACAGCAGAUGCUCGAUGCUCCAGUGGAGAGUAACAGCAAGAAGGAACGAUCGAGCCAACCUGCAGGCCACACUCGCGCUUCUCCGGACGCACGAGACGACAGUCCCGAGGCGGAUCACAGCGAUCACUUUUCCGAGCCCGCGCGCAAGAAGCGCAAGCAGGGCCGCUCGAAGACCAUCGGUUCGUCGUCCCACGUCAGUGCUGAGGCCGGCCCUUUCAAGGCCCUGUCCCACGACGCUGAACCAUCGUCGUCGCGUCCCGGUCGAGUAUCCACGGUCCCGCUUAAAGAUUCCGACUCCAGGCAGGGUCACAGAAACAUCGCCUCCAGCUCCAAGCUAUCUAGCGCGGAUACGUCGAAGCGUAUCCCCACCCUCGGUGUGGGUCUGCGACAGGAAGGAGACAAGCGCUAUCGAAAUCGCAAGCUCUUGCGCGACCUCAGAGAGCAUCUGUAUCGCUGGCUGGGAACGGAUGAGUUCCGCAAGCUGCGCAGCACCUACAAAGUCGCCGAGUGGGUGCCGAACCCGCACCUGACGGACGAAGAGAAGCAGAUCCUCGCCUCCCUACCACCAGGAGCAGUAGCACAACCGCCGAUCACAACACACAUCUUCCACGUCGACUUCACCAGUCGGGAUUUCUACCGCACCAACCAGUCGCUCAUCGAUGCCAUUGUCACCGAGGGGUCCAAGAAGGUCGAGGCGAAGCCGGAAGCCUAUGCCAUUGUACCCGGCACCAUCGAUCGGGAUCACCUGGAAGACGUAGCGAAGGACCUGAUGGAUUCUGCGCGAUCCGGGUUCCGUAUGUCGCUCCGAACGGGCCUACAGGCUGAGAAGGAGGACAAGGAGAAGCACGAAAAGUAUCGUGGCGUCGAGCGGGCCAAGACGAAAUGCCGCAAUCGCGAGAUCGGUGCGGGCCGCUUGCGCCAUGCGAUACCCAAGCAGCUCCUGGUCCCAGGGGCCUACUCGGACGACGCGGCCAGCGACGAAGAUCUGCACGGCCUCACCAAGAGCGAGUGGAAGCGUCAACGGCUGCGCAAGCUGCGCAUCGCCAAAGGUUGGGAAGCCGUGACGCCCAGGUGGAGGAACAAGCAUCUGACUCGUGCGUAUCACAAGGCAGACAUUGUGAGCAAGAGCAAGCAGAUGGCCCGCUGGAGACGCGAUGAUCCGGUAGAUCUGCCGAUCCCCAUCAAGCUAUAUGGCAAGUUGCUACCGAGACAGCUGUUCGAUGACCAGUGGUUGAGGGAGCACCGAAAGGAGUUGGAGGACGAACCGUAUUGUAUUCGGAUCAACGAGAAUGACAUCGAUGGGUGGGACGAGGGUCAUCAUCCGCUAGGGGAGGAUACGAGCGACGAGAUGGAGUGGAGCGAUGCUAAGGAGAGUUCGAGGGGAAGGUUUGGAGGGGCAGGGGUGAUGGGGGAGAGGGGGAGGGGGGAGAUGACCGAGUCGCCUGUGCCGGUGGUGGGGUCGAAGGUGGGCGAGGCCGAGGGGAAGGCGGUGGUGAAGGAGGCGUCGGAUCCCCCAGUCGAGACGAGCUCAACAAUACUCACGGCGACGGAGGAGAACGAUGCGGUAAAAACUUCAGAGGCACCCGCUGCAGCAGCCUCGGAAGGCUCGGGCACGAGCAGCGUUUCGUCGGACUCAAGAUCUGGCGCGCUGGACGCAGGCGAUACAGGCGGUAGCGAUACGGACUCGGAUUCCUCGCUUGUCCCCGCUGACGACGAGGAGAAGUUCGAGGUGACAGACAAGGUCGAGCCACCAUCGGCGCCAGCGACAGAAGGUGACACGGCAGGGAAGAGUGGAGAGAGCACAGAAGAGGUUGCGUAG